AAAAAAUCUAACCCCACUUCAGAUUCCCCCCCACUAAUUAUGUUUUUUUUUUUUUCUUUCAAAUUAAACUUCUCUGCUAAAUUCCAACUUGAAGAUCCCCCCCGGCCUUUAAUCAUUAUAUCUGUAUCCCAAUUCCCCAAUCCCACCCCUUCGGCCCCCAGCUGUUAAAAACUCAAAAAACAUCUCUCAAAAUUCCAUAUCCCAACAAGACCAAAACAGAGGACUCAAGAGUUUAUUGAUGUGGGUCUCUUCUUCGGUUUGGUUAAAUGGAUACCUUGUUUAGGCUAGUCAGUCUUCAAUCCGAUCAAUCUUUCAACUCCAGUAGAACCUCAAGCAGCUCUCGAUCCUCCAGACAAAACCAUCACUACCAACAAGAUCAAGACGAAGAAUGCUUCAACUUUUUCAUGGAUGAAGAAGACUUCUCCUCGUCUUCUUCUAAGCACUACUAUCCCUAUCAACCACCCCACCACCACCACCCUUCCACUACAACAACAACCACCGCCACAAACAUUAGCACCCCGCCCACCGACUUCUCUUUCUCACCCGCCCGUGACUUUAACAUCGAAUUCUCUGGAAAGUGGGCUUCCGAUAUCCUCCUCGAUACCGCACGUGCCAUCGCCGACAAGAACAGCUCCCGCGUCCAACAACUCAUGUGGAUGCUCAAUGAGCUCAGCUCCCCUUAUGGUGACACCGACCAAAAGCUCACCGCCUACUUCCUCCAGGCCUUGUUUAGCCGCAUGACCGACUCUGGCGACCGCUGUUACCGUAGCCUUUCCUCCGCUUCCGACAAAACCUGCUCCUUCGAAUCAACUAGAAAAACCGUCUUGAAAUUCCAGGAGGUUAGCCCGUGGACCACGUUCGGACACGUAGCGUGUAAUGGUGCAAUCAUGGAAGCCUUCGAAGGUGAGCCAAAGCUUCAUAUUAUUGAUUUCAGCAACACGUAUUGUACUCAGUGGCCGACUUUGCUCGAAGCCCUAGCCACCCGCACCGACGAAACCCCACACCUCCGCCUCACCACCGUCAUGGCAACCAAGUCCGGCGCCGCAGCCGCCGUGCAAAAGCUAAUGAAAGAGAUCGGGAGCAGAAUGGAGAAGUUCGCUAGGCUCAUGGGCGUGCCUUUCAAAUUCAAUGUCAUCCACCAUGGCGGCGAUCUUUCUGAGCUAAACCUCGAUGACUUAGACCUCAAAGACGACGAAGCGCUUGCUAUCAACACCGUCGGAUCGCUGCAUUCAAUCACAGCCGUCGGUGACCGCCGCGAUUAUCUGAUAUCGGCUUUCCAGAGAUUGCAGCCGAGGAUAAUCACCGUCGUUGAAGAAGAAGCUGAUCUUGACGUUGGGGUUGAUGGGCUGGAGUUCGUUAAAGGUUUUGAAGAGUGCUUGAGAUGGUUUAGGGUUUACUUCGAGGCUUUGGACGAGAGCUUUUCUCGGACCAGCAACGAGCGGUUGAUGCUCGAGCGCGCGGCUGGGCGCGCCAUCUUGGACCUCGUGGCUUGCGCGCCGUCGGAUUCCGUCGAGCGGCGCGAGUCUGCGGCUCGCUGGUCUCACCGCUUGCUUGUUUCCGGGUUCACCCCGGUCUCGUUCAGUGACGAGGUGUGUGAUGAUGUGCGCGCUUUGUUAAGAAGGUACAAGGAGGGUUGGUCAAUGACACAGUGCUCGGACGUCGCCGGAAUAUUCUUGUCGUGGAAGGAUCAGCCGGUGGUGUGGACAAGUGCAUGGAGGCCUUGACUGCGGCGCGCGCCGGGGUUUCACGCGCUUGGGAUUGAUCCGCACGUGUAAUAAUUACUUGUUUUUUCCUUUUCUUUUUCUUUUUCUUUUUCUUUUUCUUUUCUUUUUUGGUGCGUGCAUGGGAUGGAAUGUGUGGGUGUGUUUUGGAGGAGAGAAAGGAGAGAGAGGGAAGGGAUUUGCUUGAAUAUUUGAAUAGGAAUGAAGUAAAUUUAUCUUCAUUACUCUUGUUUUAAUUACUACAUUGUGAUUAUUUCUCCUUUUGUGGGGAAAAAAAAAAAAGGUUAUGGUUUUGGUUA